UGAUAAAAAUUAUUAUUAAAAAAAAACGCUAUACAAAUUGUUAAAUCAAAAAUUCUAGUUAGCUUGACCCAAUUUAAUUCUACAUAUUCUGCGAUGAACCAAAUUUAAAAGUACUGAUGAUCCUAAUCUAGGAUUUUCGCCUAAUGGAACAUUAAACAUCUGAUUGAAAUCGCGUGUUUUGUAUAGUUUAUUUAUGGCACGGGAAAAUGUGUUAGUGCAAGUCAUAUAAAUCGGAAACUUAAAAAAAUGUUCUAUGAUGAUUACGUUUUCGAGCCCAGUUCGAGGAGACGAAAAUACAGGGUGUAUAGGAAAGAGCGGUUGAAGAAACAUUGGACUUUGUUGCUUUCGGUGUCGCGUUUGGAUGAUCUUAGCGAGACUGAAGCCUCUCCUCAAACCCCAAACGCGUCCCCACUUGCGGGCCCUGGCCCUGGGGGACACAAGCCUUCAUUCAAAAGCAGCAAUAAACUUGCCAGAAGGGCGCGGUCUUUUAAGGAUGACUUUUUAGGGAAGAUCUCACAAAUUAGAAGUCCUGUUUCAUCGGGUGCAUCAACUACAAGAGCUCAGAGCCCUAAAAGUCACGCGAAACCAACAGCAAUGGUUGCCGAGAAAUACAUGGACGGCAAAAGGCCUAUACAAGAACUGGAGGGGUGGAAAAAAGAAACGGCGGUAGCCUUGAAACAUUUUCGAGAUGUAGUAGCAAAAAACAAACUAGAAAUGCUGCCGGGCAACGGCACUAUAAUUCUAGAAACAAUAUGGGCGAUCAACUUGUCUAUAAGGUCAUCAGUAAAAAAUGAUAAGAGUAGUAGUAUUUCCUCAGCAACGCAUAGAGUUUACCAAGCUGUAGCAAGACUGAUUAAAUUAUGCGAUGAUGCGCUACUAGACGAUCAAAGUUCGGAAUUAAAGAACGAAAAUGUGAAUGAAAUCGUUCAGCAAGUGGAUGAUGCCGUCAAGAGCCUAAUAGAGCUGGCGCAAGAAAAAAUUGAACGUCAACAGCUGACGUCUUACAAAACCACCCCGAGGUCUUCGUUGAGCAGUACUACAUUAGAAAGUCAGUCACAACGAAACUCAUUGCCAGACAUCCCAUUGACCCCGAGAGAAAGAGAAAUCUUAGCACAAACGUCUAGUAUUCCUCACAGCCAUAGUACCGAAAGUAUUUUGAGAGACCCGGAUAGCCCGCCUCCAAAGCCUCCUUUGCCCCCACACAUGCGGAAUAGAUCAGACUCAAGUAGCUGCGUAACACCACCACCCUUACCACCAAAAAAGAAGAACCAACAACGAUAUAAUAAUUUAAUAGAUCAUGAUUGUUCCAGUCUUGAUAACUCUGCAAUAUGUAACAGUCUAGAAAGGGUAUCCUUACGGUCAAAAUCUCCGGAAGAUUCCAUAUCUUUACGGUCUGAAGAAACCGGAAGUAUAGACUCUAUGUUAAACAAUUCGUCAAAAGAGGAAGAAGAGAUAAGGGCGCUGAUGGACGGAGAAGAUAAUUUUAUGGAAAAUCGACCAAAUUCGUGGGAAGAAUCUUCAGUAAGCUCGAAUAACCAUUUGGAUCUGCUCACUUUAGCGGAUGGAUAUCAUAGACGGUCCAAGACUGACUCGGGUAUAAUGUCGAUUAAAUCAUCUAGUUAUUCGAAACGAAGUUCACAGCAGAGCUCUGUAAGUGCUCAGUAUUAUACAUCACGGCCCUCAAACGAGCACCUCGAUAAUACUACGUCAACGGUGCAAAUUAAAUCAUUUUCCCAAAAAUCUUCAAGUUCCACCCUGGUAGUAUCGAACAGUUCUCAUUCAAUAAUAACACGGUUUCCCGAAGGUGGUUAUGAAUCGGAGGACUUACCGCCGGCAAUUCCCGAAAAAACUAAACGAAAGACUGAAAACAGACAGCCUAGUCCUUAUGAUAAUGUGCCGGAGUUGGAUCAUUCUAUGGGGGACAACGUGCAAACUGAAGUAUUAGUGAGCUGUCACCAACACCAGUCACAUCAGCAUAGUUACCACAGCAGUAUUAUUUCAAACAAUUCCAGUAUAUUAUCCAAUACCGAUGAAACUGACAAUGCCAAACCUCCUCCGUUACCACCAAAAAAGAAACACAUGUUCCAGUCAGUGGCUUACAGUGUCAUGGCUUAUAUGGAAAUGUUUGGGAAUUGUUCUCAUUCGAACGAUCCGGAAUUUAUGCGUCACUCGGUGCAUAUGGUGCAGUCGCAAUGGGGAACGCCCUCUAUGAUCGGCAUGUCGAGUACUCAGUCUUUCCACUCGGCGAUGCAUACAUCUAACAGCCGAAGCCAUACUCUUUCUUUGCCUCCACAUUCCAAUCUUGAUAGAGGUCCAUCUCCCUUACAUUCCCCGAACACCACCUCCUCCUCCUCAAGUACAAGUUCCGUCAUUCCUCCCGCCUUACCUCCAAAACAGAAAAAUCGCAAAUCGAAAUCACCUCCACCCACCCCUUCACCCAAUAUUUACCUGCAGGAGCCGAAAAGUGUCAGUCUCACUCCUUCGCCAAAUCAGCUGAAAAGUUUACCUGACUUAUUGGAACAUACUGCCAGUAAGGGUAGUGAGGAACACGUAGAAACACCUGAGGCUACUCUUUUAAAAUCGAGUCCCAUCGAAGAAGAUUUAAUGGAAAAAAUCAACGUUGAUGACUACCUAGUACUGAAGAAGCCAGAAGAGGAGGGUCCAGAACUAAGGGGUGGUACCUUAGAUGCCUUAAUAAUACAGGCGACCAAAGCAACGAAGAAUGGAGUUUUCGCAUACCAGGAAGCGUUUCAGACAACCUACCGCACCUUCAUUAGCCCUCUGGACCUAAUCACAAAAUUAAUUAGGAGAUACAAUCACUUUUAUUACCAGAAGGAUACAAAACCUGUAUCUAGAGGGGCAUUUUCUCUUAUUGUUAGAGUUGUUAGUGACUUGACAAGUUUAGAUUUGGAUGUGACGUUAACAAUUAAACUUAUGAACUUUGUUCAGCAUUUAAUAUCAUGCGGUGAAUUAGUCUUAGCGAAAUCUUUACGGGUAAAACUGUUAGAGAGACACGCAGCAAAACAACAGUCAAUAAGAUACUCAUAUAUAAGUAGUCUAACCUUAAGUGCACGAAAUGCAACUCUCAUCGACUUUAAAUCUGAACAUAUCGCCGAACAAAUGACCUUAUUAGAUGCGGAAUUGUUUAUGAAAAUUGAAAUACCCGAGGUUCUUAUCUGGGCCCAAGAACAGAGCGAGGAAAGAAGUCCAAACUUGACCAGGUUUACCGAACAUUUCAAUAAAAUGUCCUAUUGGACAAGAACUAAAAUUCUAACGGCAGAAACGAAAGAACUAAGAGAAAAGUAUUUCGUUAAAUUUAUCAAAAUCAUGAAACAUCUUAGGAAAAUUAAUAAUUUUAACUCGUAUUUGGCUUUGCUGAGUGCACUGGAUUCCGCGCCUAUAGAAAGAUUAGAGUGGCAGAAACACGUGCAGGAAGGAUUGAAGGAGUAUUGUGCACUGAUUGAUAGCAGUGGGAGCUUUAGGGCUUAUAGGAAUGCUCUGGCUGAAGCUCAACCCCCUUGCAUACCAUAUAUAGGCAUAGUACUACAAGAUUUAACGUUCGUUCACAUCGGCAAUCCCAAUCUCUUAGCGAAUAAUUUUAUCAAUUUCGGCAAGAGGUGGCAACAGUUCAGUAUUUUGGAAAAUAUGAAGAAAUUUAAGAUGGAAACAUAUGAUUUCAAAAAGAACGAACGAAUCAUCCAGUUUUUCCAAAACUUCGACGACUAUAUUGGAGAAGAUGCCAUGUGGAAACUAUCAGAAAAAAUUAAACCAAGAGGUGGCAAAAAGGCAUAUUAAACUAAACAGUUUUGUUUCCUUAAAAAGUCGAGCGUGAUAGCUUACUUGUUUUUAAAAAAGGCGGCAAGCUUCGAAACCGAACAUGUUUUGGCAACUUGCAAUUCAUUUUUCCAAUAUAUUUUUACCAUCUCGUCAAGUGAUUGAAGUACGGCCGAAAUAGGCCGUCUGAGCAAUAUUGUUAUCGAUUUUGUGCAAUUAUUAAACUAGUUUAGAUAAGCUAAUGGUUUUACCUGUCAUGUAAGUAGACUUCUUGUGUGAGACGAGGUUUGUGAUUCGGUUGAAUGAGAAAAUUGGGAAGAUAAUGUCAAAAGUAAGAGAAGCAAUUAAAAUGUUUGACAUAUUUUAUCAUAUUCCAACCAUAAUAAGCAGCCAAUUUUUAUUCCGUCUUUCACAGUUGUCUGUAUAUACUAUUAUAUCUUCGUCACCUGUAAAGCAUCGGGGUCUUAAGUGUUUUAAAAUGCAACUUGCAAUUUCUUCAUUGACACGCUUGGCAACGUCCUCAGUCAUCGUUACCUGACCAUUUCCAUAGUUGUGCACACCAAUAUUAUUAGUAAGUCCAAGUCUUGUACAAAUAAAAUGCUUGACCCUCUCCAUUGCUUGUUAGCAAAUAAUAGCGUGAUGUUCCUUAUUUGUUUUAAUGACAUUAUUAAGUUCAUCACACGUGGCGCCAGUACCUAAUUUGGGUAAAUUAAAUCCAAUAUUAAACUUUGAGCAAAAUAUGCGUCUGUAUUUGUCUUUUACCGGUUCUGUCUUCUUUUUUUGACACCAAGGCGGAUGAAAAUCUUUGUAAAUAAUCGAAAUAUUUAUGUCAUGGUCAAGAUAUACUUUUAUCAGGAUUCUUUUCACAGCUAUAAUGGCUCACAUAUUUUGGAACAGACUUUGGAAUAUUCGCUCCUCCGAAAUUUUAUUAGAACUGUUGUUAUGUCUCCGCGUGUAUCUGCUUUUGCUGUAGAUCGUCCAUCUGAUAUUUGGGCUGUAUGUUGCGAACCCGCUUUUACAGAAUUUUGCAGUUAAUGCACUGCCAAAACUUUCUUCUUACAUAUUGGAAUAUCAACUCCAUUUAGCUUAACUUUGUAAAUAAAAGUUAAUGUUCUUGAAGAUUCUUGCCGCUUAAUUUUUUUCUUAUACGACCUCUUAUUUGGAACAGAUGUAAUGGAACCAGAUAAAUAUGUAUUUCGUUUAUCAUAGGAACCUAAUUCCCAAAAUGGAUGAAAAAUUGACUCCUCUGCCUUGCAAUUUGGUCCUACAGUUCUUUUGGCACGAACAUGGGGCUUCUCUAAAGUUUUUGGUUCCUUUUGAAGAUCCCCAGAUUUCUUUUUAUACGUGAUUUGUAUUUCCUGAGACAAUUUUCGUUGGAUUGUCUUCACCUAGGAGGGCCUGCUUUUUUGGACUUCUGAUUAUACUCCUUGAUUGCCCACCUCCUCCUAAAACAAAAAAAUUAAUCCAAUUAAUUUUAUGCAAAAAGGGCAUAAGCCACUUACAGUUUAAAAAUGCAUUUUUUUCAUUGAAAAGUAUUAUUUUUAUUACAUUUGGUUAAUUUUAUAUUCAUCAAUAAUAUAUAAGUCGUAUGAUAAAUGAGAAUGCGUAAAUAAAUGUAUAAAUACAUAAAUAAUUUAAAACAAAAAUCGAUGCAUAAAUAAAUGUAUAAAUAUAUUAAUAAGCCACUACUAAUAUCAACUUACCGUUAAAUCGCCUGGAGAUUAAUUCUCAGAUAAACUAGUAUUCGCCACAUAAUCCUUAUCGAUUAAAGAACCUGAUUUGUAUGCAGGAAGACUCCUCAGAAUCACUAGAAUUUUUUUAGCCGCCUCCUGGCCGCCAUUUUUAUGUCCUUUUGAUGUUGGUCACUCUGAAUAUUUUACAGUGUUGCCAACAAAAAUAUAUUAAAUAAAGGUAAUCAAGUUGACGACGCUGACGUUUGACAUGUGAUCUGUCAUAAACCUAAAUAUAAAAACUCGUCACUCGUACAGUGUCGUGCACUUUCUUCAGUGAUAAAUAACGGAAUCAUAUUAUACAUAAUGUAUAUUAUAUAAAAAUCGUAGUUCAAAAAUUAACAAAGGUACCUUAAUUUUAAAAUGCCUUAAAUUUAUAUCCUUAAAAUAUGACUUUGCACUUGCAGGAUCAUAUUGUCCAUGUUCUGGAAAGCUUUAUUUUAAGGAGUAUUCGUUAGGUCGCAAAACUAGUUGCCAGUAACUAGAAAUUUUGAAACAUCUAUACCAUUUGUCGUCGUCAGACUUUUGAUUUAGUGGACUGUAUUAGUUAGGUUUUUGAGAUAGAUUGAGAUUUAAUAUGGAUCUUCGUUUUUUCAAUAAAUGUUCGAACGCACAUUAGUGAUGCAUAAUGGCUUACCUUUCUUCGUUGAAGUCGGGCUUGGUAGCGCUACCAGUUCAUCGUUCCUUCCAUAUCAGGCAUUCACACUUUAGGUAAAGUUUAAUUUAACUCGUUAUUAUAAGCUUAAUUUAAUUCGUUAAAUAAUUACUGCAGGAAACUCACCGGCUGUUAGCGGUUAGCUGUUUUACAAAACCUACUUGCAAGUGUGUGUAAAUACUAUUGCGCGUACUUCCUUCCAAUUUUUGGCAAUGCAUUUGGCCUGCAUUGCGCAAGGUCAGUAAGGUUACAAGCCUGCAAAACAAUGUGCAUAUUUUCGCAGAAAAAUGGAUUUUAAAUAAAAUAGUUACUUAUUAAAGAACCAUCCUAUGAUUUCCCAACUUAAACAUUCCGAAAAAUAAUUUAAAAAAAUUAAAAUAUUCAAUAUUAAUUAAUCUUGGAUUGAUAUCCAACACCAUUUUUUCUAUACUGACCAUUCCAGUUGAACAUUUACUUGUAGAGCUUCUCUUUCUACCUCUUUUAAAUUACUAAUUUCAGUUUUUCAUUCACGCAUCAUCAUUUACUAAUUCUUUUUAGUUACAUCAUUUUAUGUUAUUUAUUCACCAUCUGAUCAUUUUCUUUGACAUUGUUUUUAAACCAUAUUCCAAAAACAUAUGUGCCAGAGGUUAGAAUUGUUGAAGUGGGUAUAAUAAAAAAUUUUAUUUCAAAAAUUUAAAUGAAGACCAUCAUUUUCAUGGUAUUAGGAUUCGUUAGACACAAAAGUUUAUGAGAACAAUAAAACACAUACUUUAAAGUGCAUGCAUCUUUCCCUGUAACUCAAUUAAAACUUCGUAAAUUUUACCGAGAUUCUUAAACAAGUACAAGAAAAAUAUCAGAACUAAUGCAGCUAUCUUAAAUUCUUAACUAAAUGUAACUUUCUAGUUUUUAUUUCGUUUUUGUAAACAUGGCCUCCCAAAAAUUUUGAUUGCUUUGUUUCCCUAUAAUUGGCACCACUGAAAUUUGUUACAAUGACCAGCGCGAAAGGACACAAUCACGCAAAAUGGCGGCCACCUAGUAGUGGUCAUUUAUUUUUCAAUGGAUUGGCAGUCCAGAUAUAUUUAUUAAGUUCGUGCCUUCUUGCUACAAAAAUUGGUCGCUUGGCAAAUUUUGUAAACGAGACACUUUUACACAGCGGCGCCAUCUCUUAUCAAAUAGUCAAAGGUUGAGUUUUAUAGUGUGGGGACGCGAUAUGGGAACCUGAAUUGACUAAAAGUGUGCUUAUGUGUGGCUUAUGUACCUUGUUGCCCCGAACGAUUUAAUUAAUGCUUAUAUUUGAGUUUCCGAUUAUUAAAGGGUAAGAAAUUUUUAAAACAUAAACAUUUAUUAUUAUUAUUACACUUUUUAAACAUUUUCUACAUUAUUGCUUAACGUCUUAAAUUGCCGUUCAUUCAUUACUUAUAAUAUUGCUGCCCUAUUACUUUGGACAUUAUCUUCGAUAAGCGUGGGUAAAAUACAGAUUUAAUUUUCCAUUAAAUUAAGGCUUGGCGCUUGGUUAAAGUUUGAUCAAUUCAAUAUCAGACACACAUAUCUGUAUUUUGCCCAAAAAAUAGGCAUUUUGUAACAAGACUGAUAAAAUUGAUGUUUACUAUAUAGUGUGUGUAAUUUAAAAUAAAUCGCCCAUGUGUAACCAGUAGAAUUACAAUAAGAAUUACAUAAAAUAAAAAUCACAUACCCAACAAUAGAGAGCCGUAAGGGUAUCGAGUGAAAAACUGGCCUAAAUUAUUAUAAAACGCAUUGAAAUCUGACACUUUAGCUACAAUUAUAUAUGAUAUAUUAAAUGUUAAUUUUAAUAAGCAAUAGCUUAAGAAAUAUUAAUAAUAUUUGUUGCGAUUGUAACAAAAGUGUCAAUACAUAAACAUCAAACCAAGCAUUAAAAAGUAUUUUUGGAAUUUGUUUUAAACCUUACCAUAUUAAAUGUUAAUGUAUAGGUUUACUAUAAAAUUGUCUUUCAACUAUUCUUAAUCUAAUUUUAAAUUCUAUUAAGAAUAAUAUUAUUAGGUUUACUGGUGAGUUGAAAUUUAAAAUAAAAAUCCCAAUAAUUGUUAAGUACAAUGGGUCAAAUCAGUUGAGCAGGAUACUACAGUCGUAAUGCUAAACUUAAAAAAAAAACAAUAUGAAGGAUGAUUCGAAAUUGGCGUAAAAUUAGGUCGUAAUUUAAGGUACCCCAGAAAAAUAGUUAAAUCGUGUUUCUUUUCAUGGCGUGCAUAACAAAAUUCAGAUCCUACAUAAGGAACACCUUGUUGCCAGUUAUAAAAAAUAACGUUCAAUUUAUUUCAUUUAUUUUUGGAGCGUUAUGUUAAUUUUCUUGUCAUUUCAACAUUUUUUUAUGAAGUAUACAAAAAAAAAUUGCAAAAAUCGUAUUUUUUUUGAAAACUAAUUUUUUUAGAAAAAAAAGGUGACUCCAUUUGGAACCAGCGGGUAAAAAAUGAAAUACAUACAUACGUAUGUAAGAAUUUAAAUUAUUUCAGUUAAUCUGUGGAAUGUAAUAAAAAUAUUUUCAUCUUUUGACAAACAUAGAUGCAUUUUGCAUUCUAUGCAAGAGAUUGGUGUGUACGAUUUGAGAUAUUUUCUGCAUCUUUGAUUUGAUUCUAUGUAUUUUGUUCAGUGAGAAAAUCCAUCAAAUCUUACAUUAUCUAUUGGUCUUAAUAAGUGACAUCAAUUUUUAUUCGGUACAAGGAUAUGAGUAUAUCCUUCAAAUUAUGACCGUCCAUAUAUUUGGACAGCAUACGGUUAAAACACAUCAAUCAACUUUUUCUCCGUUGAGGACCAUCUCUUUAUAUUUUGUAAAGGCUGCAGUCCUAUAAAAGUCACUAUUUUAUAUGUGCACUGCUUUAUUGUCAAACCAUUUGACACUAAUGAUAUUCUCACUCUCAUUAGUGCAAAAAUCAAACGAGCUCCUACCCUCUCUUUUCAAUACUGAGUAACUUUUCAAUUGAUAUCCAGGCAGUCUUGCAAUUCUUACAAUUCCAAGCAAAUGUUCCCAAGUUUUUAAGUUCACACAACAAUUUAUAGGAUAUGAAGCAAUUAUCUGUAAAAACUUUAUUUUAAUGUUUUAGGUAAUGUUUCCUUUACGGUGCCUUUUCCCCACUAAUUCCAGCUCUUGCAAGUAUUUUCAUUUCCCCUUUAUUAAAUUUUAGAACAUUUAUUAGAGGGCGAACUUUGAAAAGUUCACCAUAGUCUUGAUGAUCAUGAGUCAGCAAAUUUGUGUUGUCAUUAAGAUGUAUUAAAUACAACUCAAAUUUUGAGUUCUCAGUUUAUCAAAUCUAUUUUUUGCACAUCAGCAAUAGGUGAAUAUCGAAUCCAAUACAUACGGUAACUGGGCAUCUUAACUAUUCCUACAUCUUAUCUGGAAUACCAGAUAAGAUUGUUGUUUAUUCCUAGAUAUUGAGAGAUACAACAUAUUCCAGUUUGUUGUGUUGAAUACAAAUUUGUUUGAUAUGCUGGAUUAAAUUGUCAUCAAAAAAUAACUUGAAAUAUGAAAUUAUUUUCCUUGUUAUUCGUGAAUAAUAUAUUGCAUUCAAAAUUUAUGAAAGAAAAGUUUUGUUUUGUUCAUUUUGAAAAAAAAUCGUACAGUAAAUGGGGGAUUUUGGUUUCUACACAUAAAAAGGGGUAACACGUAUUCAGAGUGAAAGGCUUCUUCCACUUGCUGUUCGCUUCGAUCAGAAUUUUCGUCACUUACCUCUAAAUUUGAAUUACAUAAUACGGACUCUCCUCUAGGAGGUUCUGCAGGAUCAGAAUCAUGUUCCGGCUAUAAGCGAAGGAACGUUCCUUCAUCAAAAUCGUCUUCACCAAUGUUGCUUACAUCUUUAAUAUCCGACAAUAUACCAACAACAAUAAAAGUUUUUUUUUCUCUUCUUGUCCACAUCGACCUACGUUUGGCAUCUGGAAUUAAAAAUUCAAUAAAAAUGUAUAGAGGGAAGUUUCCUAAUAUGGAGUACUUUUUUUAAAAACACUGUUAUAAAAAAAUUAAGUUAAUUUUAAACACUACUUCCAUAUUUUACGAUUCAUUUUACACUGUUUAAGGAUUUGAUAAAAGGAAAGAUGUUAAAAAUUAAAUGCAGAAGAAAACAUGCAACAUUAAAAAAAAAGUUGCACCACCCCAUAUUAGGAGCCAUGGUAUCCUAAUAUGGGGUACACCAAGUUCGUAAUAUGGGGUACCCAAUUUAAUAUGUAGAAACUAAAAAUAACCGAAGUAUGUUUGUUUUUUUUUGUAUAAAAGUAUUAUUUAUUAAAAAAAACUAAAAAAAUAAUACGUAUUAUUUGUUAAAGUAAAUACCUAAAAGUUACAUGCAACCAAAAAGACAAAACAAAUCUAUUUUGUAACGCAAAAGUCACAAAUAUAGUGGCUUCUUUCACAACCAGCACACUCAACGUGAGCCCACUUGAAGCAGCCUUGGCACUUCACCCAUUCCUCGCCUCUGACAUCUUCAGAAAAUUGACUUUCGCAAAACAUACAAAUAGCAUCUUCCUCAAAGUUUUCUACCUCGUCAUCUGAAUGAGCCUGAAGAAGAAGAACAGCAGGAUACUGAUUUCCCAUUUUUUUCAUUUUUGUUUAGCCACUGAUAAUUUUUUUUUCUGUUGAAAAGGUUUAAUUUUUUCUGUUGGUUUGGUUUUAAAUAACUAAGUAAUUAGUAUAACCAGAAAAUUUUCUUUUUUACAUGCUGCCUUCCAAUUCUUCUUUGUAGGGCGUGCUAGUUAUGACCGCAGCUUUACCACUUCUUGUACUCUUUUGUUUAAUAAUAUCUUUAGAAGUAGUUGGAACAGGCAUUAAAUUUGCAGGAGUAACCUGUUUCAAAGCAGUAAUCUGUCUCUCUAGGGUAAUCCGUCUCUCAGGGCUUUUUUCUUUUGGCUCGUUGUUAUCUAAUUCAUCCUCUAUUGUUUCUAUUUCUAUAUUUUCUUCCUGAACUAUUUCUGCUUCUACUAGUUCUUCACCAGACAUAUCCUGCACUUCUGCCACAAAGUCAUUUUCUUUAAAUAUGUUUCUGUCAGGAGGGAACAUUCCAGUUUUUCUAAAGCCGUUGAUGGCCGUGUCCAUGGUGGCCGCUUUUAUGUAGGCUUUCCCAAGCAGUUCUCCUAUCUGAUAGCCUGUUACUACACGUCCGGGAUUCAACCUUAGCCAGUUUGUAAUUUCCUGUGUAUAGUACGUUUUAAACGGAGACAUAAAAGCAACGUCCAAUGGUUGCAUCCGAUGAGUUGAAUGUAGUGGAAGGCAUAUUAUGUGAACAUAAUUUUCUCGCGCCACAGUUAUGACCUCCAAAUUUUUUGUGUGGGAAUAAUGGCCGUCAAGUAUUAAAACCACUGGAUCAUCAGAGCUAGGCUUUGUCAGAUUAAUAAAAUGGCGAAACCAUUCCACAAAUAUUUCUUGUUGGAUCCAGCCAGAUAUAUGGCACGCAUAUUUUGAUCCUGUGCCAUUUAUAAGCUCCAUUUUCAUGUUUUUUCGUGGGAAAAUUAUAAAGGGCGCUAUGUAUACUCCUGUUGCACUAAAACACAUAACUGUGGUUAACAAAGACCCACGCUCAGCGGAGGUAAUAACACCGAUUUGUUUUUUUCCUUUUUUUCCCACGACUUUAACGUGCUUGUGUGAGGCCAGUUUCAUCGCGGUUAAAAAUUCUGGCUGGAUUAUGAUUUAUUUUUUCAAGAAGUGGCUCAUACAAAUCAAAAAAUGCUGCAACAUUUUCUCUAGUGAAGGAUUUAAUUCGUCCAUAUGAUAUUCCUUAAGGAGUUCGUAAUGAUAAUUCUUUGUGCCUUGACAGAAAGCUGGCAAACCAUUUCUUCCCAGCAGAUUCUUUGGCUACGCUAAAUGGAUUUUUUAUAUUAUUAGCUUUGCAUAAGCUAUAUGCCAACCUGCACACAUCUUUUUGUGUAAUACGAAAAAAAUUCCUUUCCAUUUCUAAGCAGUGCUUUGCGAGCAGCGAUUCCAUUUCUUGUGAAAAGACAAUUUUGCGUCCCAGAGAAGAAUUCACAAUAUCUUCAGGAUUGCCUUCCAUUUACCAUUUACGUACCUUUCCAAGGUUGUUUGGGGCACAUCGUGGGUUUUCGCACUCUUUUUGUAACCCAUCUGACCUUGUCUGACAGCUAAAAUUCCUGAAAUCAUAUGCUGCUUGCCCCAAACUUUCCUUUUUUUAAUAAUUUCAAUUAGUAUUAAUCAAAAAGUAAAUAAUUAUCUCCUAAUAUGGGGUACCCCAAAUUAGGAAUGGAUAGGUACCCCAUAUUAGGAGCAAAUUAGAUUUUUGGAAGGGACGACUUUUUACAAACAUUAAGAUGUUUUUUUAAAAAUCAUAUUCAUUUUCAUAAACUACGCAAAAUGUAAUAAAGAAUAGUAUUAUUAAAAGUUUUAAAACUUACCUUUAAGUCGCUUAAAAUAUCCAAAUCUACAACAGGCAAAAAAACUUUUUUCAAACAUACUUAUUUUAACCUUAAACGUCAAAACAAACUACGUCUUUGCUUCAAGAAGGGAAUAAGCGCUUCUGGCGCAUCUUCGUGGUUGUUACGUAAUGCAGAUAAUAGCUGUCGCAACCAGUUCUAGCUCAAAAUUGAACUACCCCAUAUUAGGCGACUUUCCUCUAUACCUAUUUUAAUAAUAUUUCAUAUAUUCUAAGAUUGCAGUUAAUAAAUAUCCAGGGACGCCGAAGUAAGUAAAGUAACUUUAUACCCACGGGUGCCAUUUGGAAUCAUAACUUUAUAAGAUCAUAUUGUCACCAAUUUAAGUAUGAUUUCAGCAAAAACAUAAAUUUAUAUAACAUUUGAUCUAAUAAUAUUAUUUACAUUUAUUAAAAGUCCAUAACACAAAAACCUACCUUCAUUUCAUUUACAGAAAAUCGACGAUUUUACACUCAGCACUGUAAACAUGGAAAUCUAACCUAAAAAUCCAAAUGUCACUUGAUAUUUCGCGAACUGGCAUACGUAUCGCCAUCUGUAAUAUAUUAAUUGAUUUAUCUCAGUUAGUUCUAAACUUGGACGUGUUCACAACUUUGUUGACAAACGGUGCUAGUAUUAGUUAGUGCUUGUUAAUCUAUAAUUCAAUAUGAUGAUUGAAAUAUAUUAAGCACAAUUAUUAGAACAUUUAAUUCAGAUCUGAAAAAAUUAUGAAUAAAAGUUUUAUUAAUAAUUAACGAAACAUCAAAUAAACGGAUAUUAACUUAUACCAUUAAAAUAUUUUCAAGUGUUUUUGAAACCUGCUUGAAUAUCCAUUAUUAAGGAACAUGGUUUAUAAAAUGCAUUGGUUGUCUUUUGAAUCUACUACGGCUUAUAUUUUUUCCGAAUAUUCUAGUUAAUCCAUAAAAGGUUUCAGUAAUAAUAUUGCCGUAUUUAUUUAUAACACCAGGAUACAAAUUUAUUUAUUCAUUCAAGAUCCAGAUUUUGAAUUGAAUGGGGAAAAAGAAAAGAAGGUAAACACAGACAACUACAAUAAAUUUAUGAAAAAGCGUGGUCUUUCUUCCAGCCUAAAAGUAAAUAUUUCUCAAAAAAAAAGUUUUUAUACUUACCUUGCCCUUGCCCACCUAGAAUAGCAAAAACUAUUCUAUAGAAAAUCUAAUACUAAUUCAUAGAACAUAUGAAUUGGAGAAAAAAAAGACAAAAUGAAUAUUCGGGCACUCAAAAUUUAACUUCAUAAAAUAAGUCAUUUAUAUUAUCUUAUUAGGUUAAUAAAGAAAAGAAUGGUUUAGCUGAUUUUUCUGAGGGUGGAGAGAUUUUACGCUACGUUAUAAAUCAUACUAAAAUUAAAAGGUUCAUAUAAACCCUCCUUAACUGUUAUAAACGAUUUAAAUAUCAACUCAUCAAAUAAACCAACUAGUAGUAUCAGUAUUUUAGGGAAAAAAUAAGAAAACAACCAAGUCUUAUAAGGUAACACGUCGCUUAAAAAUUCGCUUCUAGUCAUUCAAAAACUACGAAAUACGCUGAUAUUAUUCUUAUGUAAACGUAAGUAAAAAAUAUAUAUAUUUAAUUUUGAGAUAAUUUACAUUAGGUGAAAAUAUUGUUUAAAUAGAUCUAUCUUUUUAAAUCUCUUUUAAAAUUUUAAAACUUGUAUAUAAACUUGAACUAAAUAAUGUACCAAAUUAAUUUGAAAUUUAAAUAGUUUGGUACAACACAUUAAUGUUUCACAAUAAAUAAUUUUAAAAUUCGUCUUAAAUUUAGUGGUCUUGAUUGUAGAAUAUAAUUAGAAACAUAGAACAGUUAUAUAGAUGGCCAAAUGAUUUUGGUGAACUAAUUAGUUGCACAAGUAAAAUUUAAUAUGUAUUUUUUUCAUCCAGAAACAUUUCGAAAUCUAUUAGUUGUAAAUUGUUUAUAGAUAUCCAAUAAGUUUAUUUUAUGUUACCCUGUCAAAGUAUUAUAAUGUCGUUUACGUUUCGUAAAAAAUAUUCGAUUAACUUUAAAGUUAACUAUUAUAGAGGCCUAACUAAAUUGUAAGCUUUAAGUUUUAGACUAUAAUAAAUGAAAAAAUCUGCAUUGUUGCUCUUAUGAUUAUACAAUAACGUAGGUUGAGAUUAGCGAGCUCUUGGUUGGUAAACGGUUUUUCUUAAGCAACAUUUUACAGUUAUUUUUUGGAAACUAAUGCUUUUCCAGAAACUAGAUAUCUAAGGACAAAGAAAAGUAAUUCUACUUGAAAAUAAUUUAAAAAAAUGUCUCUACACAUUAUAUUAUUUUCUUAAUUAAAUUUUUAGUCUCAAAUAAAUAUUUUUUUCUCUAUAGUGUUACUGGAACAGUUUUCAUAAUAACAGUAUAUUUGUUACAAUACAAGCGAUAAGUCAAUAUCAUUUUUUACAGCAGGCGGUUAAUUAUUUUCUUUUUUAAUCUUUUACAUGGAAUUUUAAAUAUUUAUGUUCUAUAUAUUUGGUAUAACGUCUGAACAUAUGUCCCAAUAUUUUCUUAGCACGCAAAAAUUAAUAUAUGCAUAUUACUCGCAUAAGACAACAUGCUGUUUUUAACGACUAGAAAUAGGUCCAUUUAAAGGUAGCAGGAAGUGAUGAGAGUUAAAAGCGGGUUAUAAAUUGUUGUGUGGGUUAUGAUAUGCUUAAUAUUAUAACGUGUUUGCAUUCAGUAACCAGUAACAUGGACAACAUUAUUUAAAAUACCGUUCUCCUCUAAGCAGAGAGCGAAAAAUUCAUAUUCUCAUUUCAAUAUUCAAUCAUCCUCAAUUCAUAUAUUCAUUCAUUCAUUCAGAGUUAUAAGCAUUUUGUAGUUCCGAUUAAGUUUUUUGUGAAACUAAGUUUUCAACGAGUCGAAAUAUAUAUCUCAUUUCUUAUUCCGAGAAGGUCAUCAAGUUUCGUUUUUGAUUCAAUGAUAAUAAAUAUUAUAUGGUUAUAGUACGACGCCUAAAUUUACGUACAAGGUAUUCACAAAAGUACUGCCAAACUGCAGGGAUUAUAACUAUAAACCUCGUAAGAAUGUAGGGGAGACCGGUGUUAAUUGUAACAAAAUAUGCUUUUUUAUUUUUCGUUGGUUAAUCUUGCGCUCUAAAAAACUAAAUUUAUUUUGCUAAGGAUAUGUUCUACGUUCGAUAAAAGUUGUCGGAAUUUAAACUCAUAAAAUUUAUACUAAAAUAAAACUAUACCACUUUUUAGGAGGCUAUGACAACUGUUACAAUUGGCACCUAUCUGGUGUCAAUAGUAACAACCAUCUAUACCGACGCAAAAAGUAAAGAAGAGGUUAUAAUGAAAUACUUCACCUUAAAAUAAGUUUAUUUUUUACGUAAAAUAGGAAAUACAAAAAUAUUAAUCUUAUAAUUCAUCAUCAGAAUUACAGUUUACGCAAACAUAAAACGGGUUUUUAUCUGUGCAGGUUACAUGCGCCCAUUCUCUCCAAGUUCUACAUUGUAUCCAUUCUUCUGAGCUUAAGGAAUAUGAUCCAGAACACAAUAAACAGAAAGUGUCAUCAUUAGAGGAAUCUGAAGAGUAAUUUUCCACCGGUUUUUUCUUAACUGUUUUAUUCACUUUCUUGCUCUUAUUUUUUUUUGUUUUGGUGGUGUCAUCUUUGCCAAUUUGCCGUUUUACUGAAACUUUCUUCUUUAAAGUUUGUUCUUCAAUAGAGUUUUUUUCUGGUGUGUCAGUCAGUAUAGCAGUUUUUCUUUUCAUUCGACUCCCUUUUUUCGCUUUAGUCACCGUUUCACCAUCAGUUACCUACCACCUUCAGUUACCGUUGAUUGUAGAAAGUCUGAAUCUUGAAAAAUUCCACGGUUAAAGGAAUAAAUGCCGGUGCAAGAAAAUCCUGAUAAAAUAUUUGUUGGUGUAGUGGCUAAAGGUAAAGAUGAUUUAACAAUUGAUGGUAAAUCAUAUAUUGUCAUACGCUUUCCUGGAUUGUUCUUCAUCCAUUGAUCGACGUAGUUGUUGAAAUACUUUUUAAAAGGACCAUAUACACCACGAUCCAGUGGUUGGAGACGGUGGGAAGUGUGUGGUAAAAAAGACAACAAUGUUAUGAAAUUUGCUCUGCAAUAAUCUAUUAAUGAAAUGGAUACAUGUGAAGAGUGAUUGUCUAAUUAAACCAAAACUUUAUUAGUCAGGUCCGUCUCUAAUAAAAUGAACCUUGAAAUGCAACCGGGGAAACACAAACAUUGGCGGAAUUGCGUUACCAACAGCGUUUACAGCCGCACACAGCGUAACAAGUGUUCCACGCUCCUGACUUGCUACUGAUCCUACUUGCUUGGUUCCUUUUUUUUUGCAAUGACCUUGGUUGGCUUUUGCACCGUGGACACACCAGUCUCGUCAAUAUUGUAAAUAUUUUGUGGCUCAAAAUUGUGUCUUUCCAAGACAGUUGCCAACUUAUCAAAAAAGUUGGAGACAUUUUCUUUGUUGAAAUUCAUGGCUCGCGCAAGACUUGUUGCUUGGGGUGUGCAAAGUGUUAAAUGAGGAUUUCUUCUCAGGAAAGCUACAAGCCAAUCUUCACUAGCCUGUUCUACUUCAUUCCAUUUUUGAGGAUAGUUAAGCCUAUUGGCAGAUGCAAACUGAAAGGUUAGUUUACGAAGAUCCCGUGUAGUGAGGCCAAAGUACAAAUCAACAGUUUUUUCACAGUAUUUGACUAGCUGUGACUCUGGCUCAACAGUAAAUACCCUGUUGUAAGGAUUGUACCCCACGUUAGGCUGUAAAUUAUUACGUAGAGCAUUUACAAAGCGAUUUAAUGAAACAUGGCACAUUCCAUAACUUUUAGCCACUUUUCUAACAGACUGCUCAUUAUCAAUAACCUUUCUUGCUGCUUCUUCAUAAAUAACUUUAGGUAUCAGUCCCCUGUCGGUCUUUCUUGGGUCACGGUUUCACCAUUUUUUAUGACUAUAAAGAAAAAAAUAUUUUUUAAAGAAAUCGUUAAAUAUUCUAAAAGAGACUUGAUAAUUAUUUGUUGUCGUAUUGGCUUAUAACAAUAAGACAACAAAUAAUUUCGCCAAACAAGGAGUCAACAGAUAAAUAAAUAAAAUCGGCAUAAAGUUAAAAAACAAAUUUGAUUUUAACACGUACUACGGUGUCAACUGUAACAAGUUACAAAUUGUAACAUGUCACAAUUGACACCGUAGUACGUGUUACAAUCGACACCUAAUACCCUUCAAAAGUAAAGUGUACAUUUCUGUUUACUUAAGAAAAAACAGCCAACUGCUAUCCACUAAAAAAUAAAGCAAAAGCUGUAUCAAAUCCUACCCUUACCUUAAAAUAUUGUCAAUCUUAACACUUUGGGAUUCACAAACAAAAAUGUGACGACACGUUUAUUUACUUUUUCGGCAGUUUAUUAAAAUUUGCCUACAGAACGAACGGCACGCACGAAAGAUAUAUUCAAACGAAUUACGGGUCAGCAGAACCGCAUUUUGCUUUGGCCCAUACGCGUGUUUCCAUAAAAUUGAAAAAAAUGGCGCUGUUGUCGGUCGUGUUACUUUCGACACCUGUUACAAUCGACACCGGUCUCCCCUACUUACACCAUUUUUUAAACGUAAAAUAUGGUUUCUCGCCCAUUUUUACUUUAAAGUGCAUUCUAUUUUAAUAGAAGUUGCUCAAUACUUCUGAGUUUUGGAGACUUGUAUUCCAUGUGCUCUAAAAAGCUAAUUAUUUAAUUAAUAAAUUUUUCUGCCUCUUGAUUUCCCCAAUAAAAAUUACAAAAGAAAAAAAUGAGAAUUUGAAUUUCCUUUCAGUGAUAGUUUGAGGAACUGUUACUACUUUAUUUAGGUGCUAAAAGUAGUUAUAAAUAAUUAUAAUUUAAAAGAAGUUUUUGCCUGUAAUAAUCCAUUUCUGAAAUAAAUUAUUACGUAAAAAUGGGAUAGAAGUCAUUUUACGUUUAAUAAAUGUUAUGUGAAAAAAAAAUCUGACUAAACUAUUACGGAAAAAGUAUGUACAAUAGCUGGUAUCCCUUCACGAUCUAAGGAAGCUAUUAAAUAUGAAACUUUUUAAUAAAUUGCUUAACUUUUAACAAACGCUAAACUUUGGCAGCGCUUUUAUUCCCCAUCCCAUAUUUUGGUAUAAUUACUGAUUUUUUCAAAAUUAAAACAUAAAAAAGAUAAUCAGGAAAGCAAGACAUUCUUGUAAAUAUUUAUCUAAAAUCCGUAGAGCUCCUAGCAAAUAUAAUUAUUCAAUACGUCAUAUAAAUUUAUCCUUUUAAGGCAAUGUUUAUAACCUAAAACAAAAAAAAGCAUUAGUUUUCAAAAUAAUAUUUAAACACGGUGCCAUAAUCUCCAUUUUAGUCUACGUCAAAGAGUGUGCUGAUUUUGAUAUAAGAUAGUGUUCAGCAGAGUGCACAAGCGUAAAAUAAAUAAAAAUUUAAUUAUAGAUACUGUGGUUAUUAUUCUUUUUUUAUUUCAUUGUGUACGAGAUAUUUUGUUUAUUUUAAGCUCACAUCAUAAUUGUCUGUAUCACAAACAUAACGUUGUUGUAAGGGUUGUAUAUAAAAAGUAUUUAUGUAUAUUUAAUUAUUUAUUUUUUAGUAGCGUCUGUUUUUUACACACGAUACUGAUCUAAUACUUUGUUGUACGUUUGUACCUUUUUGUUAUUUCUCACUUUCGUUACGUAUAGAUUUGUCUUCGUUUUAAAAUUGUAAUUUAUUAGUGCUUUAUUAUUUUAUGUUGUAGCGUGAUAAUAAUACAAUCGAAGUAAACACACA